CGGAGUGGUGCGCGAAACCUAGGCCAGCCACGUAGCGAUGCGGCCAGAGGCAGUGAGAACAUUAGUUAAGGGGGGUAAAAUAAAAAACUGAAAUAACAUUGACCCAGCUAGCCAGCUGGAUUUUGGAAACAGCAGUAGAAUUGUGGAGUGAGGCGAUAUGGUGCGAAUUUUACUGUGCACUCUGUGAGAUCCUGUGCCAUACAUAAGCUCUGUAGGAAAGAAUGUGGGAGAGGGCGCUCUCGACGGGGGUCUCAGAUCACCAAUGGCUGCUGAAACAAAACCAGCUGGUUUCCCCUGAUUCACAGCAGCAGCUAGCAUGGAUGUAACAGUCAGUGAAAGCAGGGCUGUGUGCUACGCGCUGCCCUCAGGGAGAAGCUCCUCCUGCUGAUUGCUGCCCACUGCCGGACCGUCUUUCUGCUGACUUCGCUCUGGUCACCACUGCACGUCGAGAUGGCCAGUUAGAGCUGCCCUGCCUGCUGCCGCUUUCACUUUCCCAUCUGGAGUACAGUCAUUUUUCACUCCUCAGAUUUCUCUUAUCUUUGGGUCACAUGUAACUGCUUUUUCUGUUUAGAAGCGUUUUUGGUUUUGUUUUCUGCUCCCUCUUUUUUGGGUGGAGUGGAGGGGUGGGGGGAUUCAGUGUGACCCUGCCCCUCCUUUACACUAUAAGAAGAGGGCAGUUAAAAGCAGGGAAAAAAAGAUUGGAACCAAGGAGCAUCCCUCAUCCCUCCCCCACCCCCUCCUCCCCACUUCCUCAAAGUCUUCCCUACAUGAAAUCCCGCUAGAACCUCGAGGAGAAGCUUUCUGUCUGGGGGUUGUGAAGGGAUGGCCCAGGACAAUGGCCACAGGACACAAGCAUCCCAGUCCUACUACCGCCCUUCAGCCCAGGAGCUGGACCUGUACAAGCGGGAGGCAGGGGGAAAGCCCUACUCGGGGCUGGUGGACAACAAGACGGGAGCCAAAGGCCCCCUGGGAGAGCAGGUCUCAGGUCAGCUUCCCCCCCAUCAUGUGAGUCCCCAGCAGCAGCAGCAGCAGUUCUACAGGGAGGGAGGGAAUGGCAGGCAGGAGAGCACCCAGGCUGCUCAGCCAGCAGAGGGCACUGAGGACAGUGAGGAGGUGCAGGAAAAGGAGCAACACACUUUCAAGCGGGAGCAAAUAAUCGUGGAGGUGAACCUGAACAACCAAACGCUUAAUGUCUCGAAGGGGGACAACAAGCCGGCCGUCUCCACCGAGUCCCAGAAAGUGAGGUCCGGCCAGGAAGAGAAGGAGGGGGAGCGUGAAACCCCCGAGGAAGAGCAGGAGGGGCAGGAAGACGAGGAGGAGAGCAAGAGCCGGAGGCAAGCGGCCAAGAGGCCCCGGAGAGGCCGAGUCGGAGCCGCCGCUUCUGGCCAGCCCGCCCGGAAGACCCGCAAGGCCGCGAUGGUGGCCGCCAGCGCAGUGGCAUCGUGCAUGACCACCAGGGGACGGAGGAAAUGCGCCGUGCCGCCCAAGAGGAGGCGGCGGCUGGCCCGACAGCUCAAGGGGGCCUCGUCGGGGUCCGUCCCCUCCUCGGCAGCGUUGGCGCCCGCGGGCAAGGGCAAGGGCGACCGAGAAGAGCGGGAGACGCUGACGUGUGACAAGUGCCCGCGCGUCUUCAACACCCGCUGGUACCUGGAGAAGCACAUGAACGUGACGCACCGCCGCAUGCAGAUCUGCGACAAGUGCGGCAAGAAGUUUGUGCUGGAGAGCGAGCUGGCGCUGCACCAGCAGACCGACUGCGAGCAGAACAUCCAGUGUUUGUCCUGUAACAAGUCCUUCAAGAAGCUGUGGUCCCUGCAUGAGCACAUCAAGAUUGUGCAUGGCUAUGCGGAGAAGAAGUUUGCCUGUGAGAUCUGUGAGAAGAAGUUCUACACCAUGGCGCACGUCCGUAAGCACAUGGUCGCCCACACCAAGGAUAUGCCGUUCACCUGCGAGACAUGCGGCAAGUCCUUCAAGCGCAGCAUGUCCCUGAAGGUGCACUCCCUGCAGCACUCGGGAGAGAAGCCCUUCCGCUGCGAGAAUUGUGAUGAGAGGUUCCAGUAUAAGUACCAGCUGCGCUCCCACAUGAGCAUCCACAUCGGACACAAGCAGUUCAUGUGCCAGUGGUGCGGCAAGGACUUCAACAUGAAGCAGUACUUCGACGAGCACAUGAAGACUCACACAGGAGAGAAGCCGUUCAUCUGUGAGAUCUGCGGGAAGAGCUUCACCAGCCGGCCCAACAUGAAGCGCCACCGCCGCACCCACACGGGCGAGAAGCCGUACCCCUGCGACAUCUGCGGCCAGCGCUUCCGCUUCUCCAACAUGCUCAAGGCCCACAAGGAGAAGUGCUUCCUGGUCACCGGCCCCGUCACUCUCACCCCAACCAGCCACCCGCUGCCUCUCCCCCUUCCCUCCAUGCACUCGUCCGCUGGCUCCGUCCCCACCGCCGCUUCCUCUGUCCCCACUCCCCCGCCCUGCAGCACUCCCACACCUCUGGGCUUGAGCCCCGUCAGCGGAGCCCUCCCCCCCCGGUCAGUAGCCCACCCCUUCUCCCAUCAGCACCUGCACUCGCACACGUCGGACCACCACCUCGCCCACCACGCUGCCCACCACCACCUGGCUGUUCCCCCUGUCUCGCACCUGUCCCCAUCCCCCGCGCUGUUCAAGAGCGAGCCGCUCAACCACCACGGGCAUGAGGACAGCUACCUGCGACACAUGGACCUGCCUGAAAAGAGCACAGGCGCUCCCCAGCACCACUGAGCACCAGAGGUGCAUAAAGACAGUCAGAGAAAUAUAUAUUCCUACAUGCAGACGUAUAUAGAUAUAUUGUAUAGAUAUCUUGUAUGAACUUUCCCACUCUGUUCUCUGACCACACAUUUGAAUCAGAGUGUAUGUGUGUGUGUUUGUGUGUUUGAGCCUCAUGGGAGGGAGGAGCUAUCACCUCUUUCCAACUGUGGGCAGUGGGCCUCUCCAUGUCCACAGUGUGUAAUCAAUCCUCUGGAAUGUUCCAGGUGUGCAGACUAUGUGCCAAGGGUGGGUUGAAAGUGAUAAUCCAUCUCCAGUCAGGGUCUCUCCACUCACAGUUGUGUCAUGCUUUUCCUCCCAGUCCUCUACAGCUCUGACAGUACUGACAGAUUGCUUGGUCCCUCUCCCCCCAUUUCAUCUUUUAUUUGAAUGGUGUUUCUGUGAAAACUUACAAUCACAUUAGUGAAUAUUUCUGCCUGGUUUUCUGUGAAUGUGAGAGUGUGUGGAUACUGCUAGUGUUUGGGUUCAUUUUGUGCACUACCCAAGCACACAACAGAGCAUGCACUUCACAUGGAUGAUGUUUUUACCCUUUCUGUUAUUCCAACAUUUCAUAUUCUCCAAAGUACAAAAUCUCAGCAUAUUUUGAACACUAA